CGGAGCCAUGGCGACUGGACCUUGUGACAUGGCCCAACCUCUGACCUCUGACCGACCCUGCUCUCUCCACCUUGCCUUCCUACGGCGCAGUGAACAGGAUGGCAGGGGGCCGGGGGUCACCGGGGAGCCCCUGAAAGGUCACUUCCACCCACUGCCCAGCAGCCUGCUGAGAGCAGCACUGAGGUCGGACAAGGUGCUGGAGGUGGCACUGAGGGAGCAGGAGGAGAUGAUUGAGGCUGCCGUGAAGGAGCUGCUCCUGUUCCGAAGUCGCAACAUCUGGCUGCUGGAAGUGCACCAGGUGAUCCGGGCUUGGGAUGAGGCGGCUGUGGAUGAGAUGCACAGCUGGAGACCAGAGCAGUUCCAGGAACAUAUCAGCAGGCUGAGGAAGUGGGAGGGGCGGGUGAAGAGGAUUCACCGGUCGUGGGUCUGCAGGAACCAGCUGCUGGAGUUGGACUGUUCCUACAUUCAGCAGGAGAUGGUUCCUGCGCUGGUGUCGAUGCUGCAGCAGGUCCUGGGGGUGUUGAAGACGAAGGUGGAGCAGCAGUUGUUACAGCUCACCACUGACCUGACGACGGCCAUCAAAUAUCUCCUGGAGAAGCCGACAGAGACCAUCACCUUCGGCACCUAUACAAGCAGGUUGGACAACUACAACGGGAACACCACAGAUUACCGGCAGCAGUUGGAUUACAUUCUCGCACUGGUCCAGAUUGUCCGUGUCGAGUUCCAGCAUCACGCCUCGUACCAGGACAAAGAGGAGGAGCAGGUGGAAUACCUCUGGAACACCUUUCUUCAGGAAUGUAGGGAAGCAUCAGAGUUCAUCAGGAGUCAGCGUGACAGUGCCCUUGACACUCUGGAGCAGAAAAGGCAGCUUCUCGAUGCACAAAUGCAGUCCAUAAACUCCAAUGUCAGUUCUGCGUCCUUCCGGGACCCCAGUCGGAACGCCGCAGCCACACUGCAACUUCUACAGGAAAUGCGGGAACAAAUCCAGUCCGUGGCUCGAGGUCUGCAGGAACUGAGCCAGACCCAGAACGCCAUCACAGGGCAACCCCUUGAUCUGUCCUUUGUGUCGAAGGUAGAAGCAAACGUCAACUCCAGGCGGGAGUUGUGGAACCUCUUCUACACAGCCUCCCAAGAGGUCAAAGACUGGCGGAAGACACUGCUGACCCAGUUUGAUCUGCAACAGGUGCAGUCUGAGCUGGACGGGUGGCUAUCCAUAGCAGAGCGACUACGAGCUUCAGUCCCAGCCGACGAUAAGAUCCUAUUAGCUUUUGAUGAGGUGGUGUCAGAGUUCAAACUGUUCCUGCCAAUCCUGGCGGACAUGUCCCUGCCAGAGAUGAAGGAAAGACACUGGAAGUCCAUCUUCACAGAGAUAGGAGAGACCUGGCACACAGAGUGGCAGAUGAAGAUAUCGGAUCUUUUAGCAUACAAUCUCCCUGCCUAUAGUGAGUUCAUCAGACAGGUCUUGGCUAAAGAGAGGAAGGAAUCGGAGCUUCACAAACUGCUGCUGUCGGUGAAAAGGUUUUGGCAGAGCUGUGAGUUCCGGCUGGUCACACACAUUGCCAUGGUUCAUGUAGCAGAGCCUCAUCCCAACACAUCUCAACGCCCUCAUAGUGGCAAGUUUCAACCACCUGAGGUCAGCUGGACAGCCAAAGACAGUGGAACCUUGAUCCUGAUUGAGAUCGAGAGGCUUCAGUGGCACGUGGAGGACAGUGUGAUGACUCUGAGCAGGAUAUUGUCAAGUUCAGCCCCUGCCGGUGUACAAGAGGAAGCUGGGAAGUUCAUGGAAGUGAUCGAGCACUUUGGUGAACUUCUGGACCUCUGGAAGAAUUUUCAAGAUAAGUGGGUCUUCCUGCACCAGAUCUUCUCUGAGAUGGAGCUGAAGGCUCGGAAACCGGACCUGGUCAUGAUGUCCAACAUAAAGGAGGUAAAUGUGUUAUAUCGCAGAGUGAUUGAGGCUCUGUCCACCAACCCCUCAGUGCUGUCCGUCAUCCAUGGCCAGGACACCCUGACGUACCAGGGCAUGACCCUGUGGGAGAUCUUCAGCACCGGUAUCGCAGCCAUGGAGGAGAUUAUUGUCCAGAUGUCCCAGAUUCUGGAAUCUGCCCGCCAGGAAUUUCCCCGGCUGCACUUCCUGAGUGACAACGAUUUGUUCUCUCUGUUUAUCCUGCUGCCCGAUCCCCGGAAACUCCUGCCCUUUGUCCGGAAGUGUUUUGUGAAUGUCCAGGACCUUCAGUAUGAAAUGACAGGGAACGCCAAUGAGGAGUUGAUCAUGCCUCAGACCAACGUCCUGGCCAUCUAUGGGCAGCAUAGGGAACGCUUGGAGCUGUUGGUUCCUCUGGAGCCGGGUUACAGUGUGGUCACCUGGUUACAGAGGCUGGAACUGAGCAUCCAACAGAGCCUCUUCCGCUCUCUGGAGAGCUGUAUCAGUGAGAGCACAGCCUCAGCCGCGCACACCAACAGCACCAUACUGGAGUCCUUGGACAAAACUAAUGCCUACAAGGCAGCACAGCUGAUGGGGCAGGUCAUGAAGUUAGUCCAGUCUUACCCUGCACAGUGCAUCCUGAUUGCCGAGACCAUGUGUUGGCAGCAGGAUGUCGAGAAGGUGCUGUUCACCCACUCGGCCAGUAAGGCCUGGUUCACAGCUCUCUACAGCGCCAAGGUCGAUCGUCUGGCCUUGGCUGCUCACAGAUUCUGCAAGUCCAUGACACAGGAGACCGAGGAGCUGAGGCUGCUCUCUCUCCUCAAGAGUCUGAUCCUCACCGUCAUCAAUCACCGCGACCUCAGCCACAAUCUCAUGGCUACCAACAUCGAAUCAGAGACCUCCUUCCACUGGCAGAAGCUCCUGAAAUAUAAGGCUGAUUUCAACUGGCUUUUUCCCAAGAGGGAAGCCACUAACCCAUCAGUCAGCCCCUUUGGCCCAUCAACACCUGAGCCACAGCAGAGGCAGUUUGGUCUGAGGUGUUACAUCAAUGUCCUGAGCAUCAACCUGUACUAUGACUAUGAAUACGUUGGCCCUAGCCACCAGUUUGUGCACACUCCUCUGACCGAGAGAACUUGCUUGGCACUACUGCUGGGGAUUCAGAACUUUAAUGCCUGUGCGCUCGUUGGGCCCUGUGGCACAGGUAAAUCUGCCACCCUCUCACACCUUGCCCAUGCUCUGGGCUCCCAUCUGGUCACCCUGCAGUGUUGUGAGGGAAUGUCCAUGCCCUUCCUCACUCAGAUACUGAGAGGAGCCGUCCAGUCAGGAGCCUGGGUCCUGCUGAAAGACACGGACUUCCUGACACGUGGAAUGUUGUCCAUCCUGGGGCAGCACUUAAUCACAAUCCAAAAUUCCUACAGGGAGCUAAUCAAAACCUACAAUCCCUGGAAGCAAGACACUGACUCUCCCCAAAGGCAGCUGGGGAGGAGCCUGACCAAUGUAACAGGGAGUGACAAUUCUCCCCUGGGACACAGGCGAAUGUGGAGUUCAGAGGGUUUGAGGCUUUUGGACCCAACAGCUCUCGGAAGCAUUGUGUUCGAAGGAAGUGUCGUCCCAGCCAGAAUCACCUAUGCCACCAUCAUGACUUUUCGAGCAUUUGACUCGAGCAUCACUCUGCCUGAGAACCUACGGAUGGUGCUGAGACCAGUGAGUGUGGUCAGGCCAGACGUCCAGGUCAUCUCCGAGGUCAAACUGCUCUCCCUUGGCUUUUUAAACCCUGGCCACUUGGCCAGGAAAAUCACGUUAUUCUUUGAGGUGGCAAGGGACUCUGGUUUCAUCGGGGAUCACUGCUGCUUACCAAUGAUGGGGAAAGUGGUGACAGCAGCAGCAAAGGUCCUUUACCGAAGGCUUCAGGCAAUUACCUCCAAAAUGGGCAGCAGCUCCAACAAAGGGCCUUCAGAGGGCAGCAGCUCUGUCCUGGCACCAGGGCUGUCAGAUCGGGGUGGGCAGGGCACAGACGGGGGCAGUGAAGGAGGCGGAGAGGUUGGCAAACACCCAUCAGUCCCCCUGUUUGAGUCAAUAGUUCUACUUGAAGAAUAUUCAGUGCUGAGCGCUUUGUUGACAACCCUCUCCUCAGCUGCAUCUGACCAUGAACAUCAGCAGAACCUGCAGGAUGUCCUGAGGGAUCUGUUUCCAGUCGCCUGGGCAACACUUCCCCAGCAGGACCACACUCCCGACCUCCUGUCUGCCAUUAAGCAGGAGCUUGUGGACACAGAGCAUGAAGUAACGGAGGAGAUGGUCACCAACAUCCUGGCCCUGCACCAGGCACUCCGAGGCAGCAAAGGAGUCAUCAUCUUUGGUCCUUCAGGCAGUGGCAAGACAACCUCCUACAGGAUCUUGUCGAGGGUAAUGAAUCAGUUGUGCCGAAGUGAUCCCAGGGAGCCAGACAAUUCUGGAGGUGAUGAACUCACAGGCUUGGCUGUAAAGGUCUCUGUGUAUUUCCCCAACAGCCUGUCCACAAAGGAGCUUCUGGGAGCUCUGAAGCAGCGGACUUGGAAGAAGGGCGUGCUGACCAGGCGACUGAGCAAAACUGGGAGAUGGAUCCAGGCCAGAGCUCUGGCCAAGGACUUCAAGUCCCUGCAAGUGAAGCCCUUCUCCCGCCCCGAGCCCCUCCACUGGAUGGUGUUGGACGGUGAGCUGUGUCUUGACUGGCUGCUGCCCAUCAGUAGUUUACUGGCCCAGGGUAACUGCCUCACUCUGCCCGACGGUGAGCAGCUUUCUCUACCAGAAUCCACCUCUCUCAUCCUGGAAGUGUCUGAUCUGAGCGAUGCCACCCCUGCGGCUGUGACCUGGAGCAGCUUGGUGCAUUACCAGGGCAGCGGCUGCUGGGAGGCUGUUUACAACCACAUGAUAGACUCGGUGUACAGCCAGUAUACAGUGCAUCGAGAGACACUGGCCCUCUGGAGGAGACUCGCUCUGGAUCUAAUCCCCAACACCCUACAAUUCCUGCAGCACUGCACCCUUGCUCUGAACCCCCAGGUGGGCUGUCUGGCAGUCAGACAGAAGAUGGUGACCUAUGGGCUGCAGGAGGUGAUGACCUUCAACAGGAUCCUUGAUGCCCUCCUUCGGAAGUACCUGUCACGUCACCAGCAGCAGGUCCAAAUGGAGCAUGGUGCAGUCCCACCAGGUGGACCCUCAACUACAUCCCCACCCCAGUACCAGCGAAGGCAUCUUGAUGAUGGAAUCCUCCCCAGGGACCACAUGCUGGCUAGAAGCAUCCUUGCUGUGGCCUAUAUUUGGGGCUUUGGAGGACACCUUCAAUCCAGUCACUGGCCUCGGUUCGAUAACUUUGCCAGACAUGCUCUGGAGAGCAGUGCCUACCCCAUUCAGAUCCCACAGCCAGGGUUGGUCUUCGAUUACUACAUAAACCCAACCAGUGGCUGCCUGGAGACUCUGUACAGAGAUCCUGAGGAAGAGAUGAGGAGAACAAAAGUAUCUGGUUACGUCCUUGUCCCUGAGAUGGAGAUCUACCUGAAGUUACUGGAGCAGCUGCUGUCAUCGGGACAUUCCGUCUUCCUGGUCGGGGAGCCGCUCUCUGGGAAGACCAGCUUCGUGCAGGCAAUGAAGUGGCUGAGCUCCUUACCUCCCAUGUACAGACUGCCCGUCAGCCCCAGCACCCUCCCCAGGGACGUAUGGCAGCACGUGGCAGGCAGAGUCUUCCCCAGGGACGGGGAGCCCCCUCCGCCCCCUCGCACUCCUGCACCCAGUGCCACCUUCCUCUUCUUGCUGGAUGACGUCCACGUGGCAGCUUCAAAGCCGGGUUCACAGUGCCAGCCAGUGGUUGAAGCUGUUCGCCAUUCACUGACCUGUCGUGGUAUCUACAAUGGAGACUGUCACCGGUUCCGAUCCUUCCACUCCACACGGGUCAGCUACAUCGCAACAUGUUCCCCAUGUCAUGGGGCAGUGGGCUUUGGCUCAGCCCGCCUCACCCACCUGACAACUGUGCUGGCCCUCCCUGCAAUAACCUGGGGCAUGCUGACCACCAUCUACAUGCCCAGCGUGCUGACCUGGCUGGAGAGCUUCCCCAGAUAUACAAUCUCCAGGCACGCCCUCUUUGCCAAACUUCUCGUUCAUGCCACUAUAGACCUGUACCGGAAGGUGAAGGAGGUGUUUCUUGCCUCUCCGAGGCACCCCCAUUACCUGUUCUCGCUGGCCGAUGUCGGCAAGGUGCUCCGUGGGCUCCUGCUGAUGCACCCCUCCAGUGUCAGCACCCUGAAGAAGCUCAGUGAAGAUAAACUGACCCACUCCGAAUCUGAGGCAUCGCCAGCUCUACAAACUGUCACCAAAACUGUAGUCGGCCUGUGGCUACACGAGUCCAUGAGGACCUUCUCCGACUGUCUCCUGGCUGAGGAGGACAGGACCACUCUGUGCCUGAUCCUGGAGGAAGUUGCUCAUUCGCACUUCUCCACCCAUAACGUUGAGUUUCUUUUCAACCAUUCACUCUUGCGAAGAAUAGUUGAACCCCAAACUUUGGGUAGCCAAUCAGAUCAGCUGGAACAUCACCAGGGCAACUUUCCAUUCUCCCUGGAGAUGCAGGAUGCAGAUGAACAGGGAGAGGCCUCCCAAGGGGAAGACAUCAGAGCUCUAGAACCCAAAAACCAGUUCCUCAUAAGUCAGCAAAGAGCAGAGCUGAGUUCGGGAGCCUUGAGCACAGAAAGGUUAAGCCGCGAGGCUUCUGAGACUGAGAGUUUGUUGUUGAGCUUCAAUGAUCAGAUUCUCAGCACCUCCUCAGUGGUCAGCAGCAGAUUCAGCCCUCCACAGGUCACCCUUCAGGCCCCUGCCACAAAGCUCAGAGAUCCCAGAGGGAAACUGGGCGCAGCGUCCCCCAAAUAUGCCAGGUCCAGGGUGCAGAACAGGGGUCGCAGGCAAUCGAUGUCAAUAAAACCUCUGCUGCCACUUCACCUGCUCUACACUGGGGAAGCCCUGACUGACCUGAUCUUCAGCAAGGGGGCAGUUCGGCCAGACAGCAGGCAACAAAUGAGCUCCCCUCGGUGGAACCCGUACCGGGAAGUGAGUCACGAGAACCUGGCCCAACAGCUGCGGCAGGUCGUGCAGAGACAGAACCUGAGCCACAGGACCAGCCACCAGAUCAUCUUCUUCAAGGACACUGUGCGUCACUUCGCUCACAUCUCCAGGGUCCUGAGCACACCCAGAGCGCACUGCGCCCUGAUGGCCACCACUCACUGCACUGGCCGUAAGACACUGGUCCGUCUGGCUGCCUAUCUCACCAUGGCCACAGUCUUUGAGCUGGACGGUCAGAUGUCCAGCUCAGAGGUGGCCAGUGUGUUCAAGCAGGCGAACAGGCAGGCAGGAAUCCAGGAGAGAUGCACCAUCAUCAUGGUCCACAGCAGUGUGGGACAGGACACCUUGCAGGAGCUGUUCAAUGUGAUGGCAGAGGGGCGAUUCCCUGGGCUCUACUCCCCCUCCGAACUGACCCAAGUCGCCAAGCAGUUUGCUGCCACCAAGAACCUGGCUUGGAACCUGAAGGAAGAGCGGGUGUUGGAGAGGUUUUUCCAGGCCGUUGCCCAGAGCCUCCACGUGGUCCUGUUGCUGCCUGUUGGUGACUCCAGCCUGUCCCAGGGUGUGAGGAGGCUUCCAGUCCGGCUGGCCCACCUCCUGGGGCCAGCCGGUUACAUCGACGUGUGGUGUGAGUGGGGUCACCAGGCGCUGACUGACAUCGCCGCCUCACACCUCGGAUUUGGAAACCUCUCCACGCUGACCAGGAGCACCGACCGCUCCGUGGCUAAGAUAUGGGUGUUGGUCCCAAUCAUCAUCAGAAUCAUGGCGUUAAUUCACCAGUCAGCGCUGAGCUACGCCAAGCACAUGGCUCGCCCUCUGCCGCUCAUCACUCCACACCACUACCUGGACUUCAUUGAUCUGUUCUUGAUGAUGUUCCACCACCUGGAACAAUCGGAAGGUUUACAGAUUGAGAGGAUGGAGCUGGGCCUGGACAAGAUAAAGGAGGUGUAUAACUCAGCCGAGGAGCACACGAAGGAAAUAGAACUGCUCAAACGCAAACUCGAACUGCUGGCAGAGGAGAAGAGGCAGCUACAGGAGCACUACGCCAAGCUGAGGAAUGACUUCCUGGACCUCCUACUGAGGAGCCGUGAGGAGGAAUUCCGGCUCACCCUGCUGCAGCGGGAGAUGGAGGCUGCUCGUAGGACCUUCAACAACGAGCAUGGCGCGGGCAAGCCUCUUUAUGAGACGGCCUUACAAGCCCUCAAGGCGCUGAGCUCCAGUGACCUGGAUGAGGUGCGCACCUACAGGGCACCGCCCCUCUCUGUGGUGACGGUGAUGAACACCUUGUGCUUGAUGUUCGACAGACCAGAGGGCUGGGAGAACGUGAAGCAGUUAAUCAGUCAGCCAAACUUCUACCAGGAUUUGGAGUGCUAUGAGAAGGACAACAUUCCUGAUCACAUCUUCAAGACACUGGGGAACAUCAUCCUGAGGCGUGAACUUCAGCCGGACAUUGUGCGAGGGGCCAGCAGGGCAGUGGAGUCAUUCAGCCUGUGGAUCCGGGCAGUGUACUACCACGCCGUGGUGGCCCGUGAAUACAGCCCCAUCUUCAUCAACCAGUUCCAGUCGCUGAUCGACGAGGUGCAGGGCAGCCUGGGGCUGCUCAGGAAGCAGGCCUUCGAGAGGAAGAAGGUUCUGAUGGACCUGCUGCGGGAGGAUGGGGAGGGGUACCUGUCGGACACGGAGUCGCUGAUGGAUGUCGGUGACACCGAUGUCCUGAAGCUGCUGCAGCAGAAAGAGCAGCACCUGGUGCGCAGACUGAGGGAGCAGGAGGACACCAGCCUGGCUGAGAUGAGGCAUCAGGAGCAGGAGCUGCAGCAGAGCAAGGAGCUGAUCCAAGCCCUGUACCCUCACCAGUCGGAUUGGAACAAGGCUUUGCAGCAGUCCCGGGACCGCAGGGUGACGGUUCUGGGUGACGGGCUGCUGACCGCCGCCGCUGUCAUUUACCUGGGUCCCUUUGUGGAGGAGACGAGGCAGGAGCUGCUGGAGAAAUGGAAGGUGGCCUGUUACAGCGGAAGGAUGCAGCUAGAGCUCCGGGAUGCGCGGCAGGAGCUGCUGCAGGAACUGGCUGACAACCCGGCCUCAUCCCAAGCAGAGGGCUCGACGGAUCCCGGCAUUCCCAGCCGGAACAACUUCCUGCUCCUGGACAUCCUCAGCUCCCUGCGCGAGCAGCUGGAGUGGAAUCGGAUCAAACUGCCGGUCAACGCCACAGCCCGAGUCAGCAUCCUGAUCACACAGACCCUGCUCCGAUACUCCCCCACUCCCUGGAUACUCCUGGUCGACCCUGACCAGCAGGCCAGGAUCUGGAUGGGAGUGCUGCAGGCUGGUGGUGGACCACGGCUGGAACAGGACAUCCUGGGAGCCUCAGCUGAAGAUGUUUUGCCAGUGGAGGAUGCAGAGUCGGAGGGGAGACCUGGAGACAUACUGGCUGACAGCCGUGCUGAUGAGAGUGGGGAGAUCACCUGGGUUCCAGAGCUGAUAACAGAGCAACCACCUGACAACCUUUGGGUUUGUUCCAUCACCAAUGAGAGCCUAGACCAGCUUCUGCUGACAGCAGCUGCCAACGGAAUCGGGGUCUUGGUGACAAACAUUGAACUCUGCCCAUUCCCUCCCAUUUUGAGGGCAUUGCUGAGGGUCAGCCGCUGGCAGGUGGGGAUGGAUUCCUGGGAUCUUACCUUCGGAACGCUGCGGGUCCAAGUCAAGCCAACUUUCCGGCUCUACCUCAGCACCUCCUUGUCCCUGAGAAGGAUCGAGUCAGAAAUGGACCCAAUCUUCCUGAAGCAGGUGAGAGUGAUCGACCUCACCAUCAGCCAGUCGGGGCUGCAGGAGCUUUUCCUGAAGGAAGUGCUGUACUUCGAGAGGCAGCGGGUAGAAGAUCUCAACCUCACGUGCCAGAAGGACAUCAUGUACCUGCAGCACCAGCUCCAGGUCACACAGGAGGAGCUCAUGGACAAAGUGAUUCAGACGGCCACCAGCCUCCUCAAUGAUCAGUCCAUCCGAGAGGCUGCACUGCAGAACCAGAGAGCCAAGAUGGAGAUCCGCAGCCAGCUCAAUGCGCUGAACAAACCGAGUGCGGCGAUGGAAAACCCGUACGUGGUGAUCUCAAACAUCGGCUCCGAGAUGUACUGGGCACUCGUCCACAUCUCACGGCUCAGCAACUUCUACUACUUCUCCAAACUCAGCUUCAUGAAGGUGGUGAGAGCCGCUCUCUCCAGCCGCAGUCUGGGUGUUUACCAUCAGCUGCCCAGCACCGGGAGCUCCAAGGACCACUACAUGGACCUGAUGGACUACCUGAUCUGCAGGAUCUACAACCACUUCCACUGGUGCAUGUUCGUCAGCCACGCCAGGCUCUACCGAUUCCUGGUGGCCAUUGGCCACAUGAAGGUGGUCAACACGGUCACAAAGGUGGAGUGGGAACUGUUCCUGCGGGGGAUUCAGGACCUGAAGCUCGACAGCUCGCUGCAGAACUCUCCGCACGUCCGCCCGGCCUGGGUCAGCGAGCAGGUCUGGCAGAGCUGCGCUGUCCUGGAACUGUUGCCCGCCUUUCACAACCUGCGAGACUCCCUAGUCAAACAUGGCAGCCAGUGGCAGGAGUACCUGCGGCUCUCCUGCACAGUGAUUGGCUCCAUCCCCUGCCCGGGCUUUGGCCAGCUCAGCACCUUCCAGAAAGCCAUCCUGUGGCGCUUCUUCCAGCCCAACAUGCUGAGUGUGGUCAUGAACGACGUGGUGACCUGUGAGCUGGGAGGGACCCUGAUCAGGGACCUGUGGCUGACCAUUCCUUCCAUCUACAACUACAGCUACCCACGGGUGCCUGUCAUGUUCCUCAUGCCCCGGGGCAGCUCGGUCAAUCUCUCCACCCACCCCCUCUACUGGAUCGAGCAGGUGGCAGCCGAGCAGCGCAUGCAGAACAAAGUCCGCAUCAUUUCACUGGGAUCAGAAAAUCAAACGGAAGAGAUUCUGCAGGAAUUGAAGGCAGCUGUGAGCAAAGGGCGUUGGCUGGUGUUAAACAACUGUCACCUUCUGGGGCACUGGGACAAACGCCUGGUCAGUCAGCUCACUCAACUCAUCACCACCUUCGAAAUUCCUGCGUCCACUGAGGCUGCUCCUGUCACAACUCUGAGGGAGGACGAUCCCUGCAAAGAAGAUUCAGGGAAACCUGUCCCAACUGUGCUGACGGAAUCCGGACAGAGAAUCCACUUGGACUUCCGGCUGUGGCUCACUUGCCGGAAUGAAGCUGAUUGCUCCAUGCCCGGAGUGAUCCGUCGGCACGUGGAGAAGCUGGUGAUCGAGACUCCUUCGAUGCUGCAGAGUACCCUGAAACGUACAUACACCCAGGCACAGACGGAGUGCGGGGACCUGACACACCUGGGACCCCUGACCGUGCUCACUGCGCUGCACUCCAUCCUGCUCCACCGCCAGCACUACAGCCACUGGGCCCAGGCUCGCUCCUACCGCUGGACGCAGGCCGACCUCUUCGCUGCCCUCAACAUUCAGAGGAACCUGCAAGCAACGUGGGGUGACACUGAGGUUCUGCUCGAGCACCUAGUAGUGGCUGUGUAUCAGGGUCACGUGCUGGACAAAGAGGAUGAGGUGGCCCUGCGGAGCAUCAUCAACCAUUGUGUAAGGACAAGCAGCCAAGCCAGUGCUAACAAAGGGAUUCGCAGCCUCAUCAUCCAUCUCACCAGCUCCACAGGCGAGCUGACGCCGGCGGAGACGCAGCGCCGCAUCGAGCGGAUGCCGAGCCGCAUGGAGGCGGCGGCGGGCGGGCUCGGCCCCGAGCGGCGGCUGCCGGAGGAGCGCGCGGCCGACACCAGCCACAUGCUCGCGCAGUCGCAGACGCCGGCGGCGGACGGGGGCGCGGGCCCGAGCGGGGCCGAGCGGCUGCUGGACGAGUGCCUGUCGCGGCUGCGGCAGCUGUGCGGCCCGGGAGCGAGCGGCCAGGCGGGGACGAGCCCGGAGGCCGGGAGCGCGCAGCCCCUCCACCGCUUCCUGCUGCGGGAGCGGCGCUGCCUCCAGCUGCGGCUGCAGCGCCGCGUGUGCGCGCUCAACCACGCCCGGGAAGCGCAGCAGGGAGCGCGCGCCUGCAGCCCGGGCACGCGCCAGCUGUGCGCAGCGCUGGAGCGCGGCUGCGUGCCCUGCGCCUGGUGGCCGGGAGCGCGCGGCCCCGCCCCGCUCCCGCUCUGGCUGCGGCGCGUCGAGGUCGCGGUCCGGCUGCUCGACGAGUACGCGCGCGGCCCCGUGCCCGCCGCCGCCUACAACCUGUCCGCCUUCCGUCGGCCGCGCGCCUUCCUCCUCUCGGUCCUGCAGCAGCGCGCCCGUGAGGAGCAGCGCGCACUCGACACCUACCGCGUCCACGCACAGGUGCUGAGCAGCUUCCUCCCUCCCACCAGUCCUCCAGAGAACGGCGUCUACAUAACUGGCCUCCAGUUACAUGGGGCCCUCUGGGACAGCAGACUAGGGCUCCUGCAGGACACACUCUCCAUCAAACCAUGCAGCAUGCCAGUGGUGUGGCUCAGAGCGGAGAAGGUAGCGACAGAGACGGCAGGCAGCCCCUCUCUUCCACGGUACGAGUGCCCUGUUUACCUGGGUGCGGAGGGUGAGGCCAUGGAUUUGACAGAUACAAACAUCAUCACUCACCUCUCCCUUGCAUCGAAGAUGGACCCCCUGGUGUGUGCCCAGAGACGGGUUCACAUAGCUACCAUUCUCUGAAGACCUGGUGCUCAGUGCCAACUGCUCACAACAAAAUUUUGAAUACAUAACAAUUAAAAUAUAUUUAUACAGAAGUUAUCAGACUGGGACGGAUAUGUUAGUUAACUUGUGACAAUUAAAGAACACGGAGCAUCACCCAGAAUCAGUUCACUGCCUUUGUCACAAGGAAAUAUGGAUUCAACAACUUUAGAUAACUGGCUCUUCAUACAGCACAGAGACAGACCUUUCUGCAC